GUGAUUACUCGUAAUUGAACUCAUGGGUCUGCAGAGUGCGAAUUGUCUGCUGUAGAAUGCCUCCCUCGCCAAUAAGUAUACCCAGGAAACUAGAUUCUUUUGUGUAAGAAUCUAGUGUACAUUAUACCGGCCUUCGAACAAACGAUCGAGCAAACAUGGGUUGAAAUGAAAUGAUUUUAACAGCAUGGUAGCCAUUCGGAGGGUGAAACGUUUGGUGCAGUUCUCGGUGCUCGCUGUUUUCCUCGCUACGAUACUACUGUUUCUUCAAUGGAACGAGAUAUCGGACUCGGAGAAGCACAAUACUGCCAAAAGAGCAAAAACGUCCUUUAAUGUGGAGAAGCAAGACCUAUCGAAGACCUUCUUAAGCCCUGAUCGGGAAUUUGAUGUUAAUGAAAUAUUUAAGGAAAUAAAUGAAAAUGGGGAUGCAGCCAGUGAUGAAGAAGAUGACUGGAAAACAGUAUUUAACGAGAAAGCAAAACACCAAGUGGAGAAGAAAAAGACUUUUAAUGGAAAAUGGAGAGAGACAGUUGGAAGGGAGAACAUUGGCCAUGUUGACAAAAGGAAACUGAAUCAAAUGCCAAAUGAAAGUGAAGCAUUGAAUUUCACCACUCCCAGUACAACAACUCUCAGUGGAUUAAGGGUGCUUUCAACUCUUCAAAAUGAAACUACCCAGAGUGUUCACAACGAAAAGAAAAAAGCAUUAGGGAAAGCUUCUAAAAUGCACAGCAAGAAAUUACAUGGUGGUCACCAUCAAGAACCUAAUCCCACCUGGACAAAAUUUCCAUGGGGAGAAAAUAUGGUUGGCGCAUUAAAUGUUCACGUUUGGCAAGCUUGGUGUGGUAGCACAAUUCAUGAUUUGCGUAGGAACAGAUUUUUCCCGCUGUACCCAGACAUUCGCUUGACUGUGAAGAAGUUCUUUCUUCGUCACAUGCAAGCCGACUAUGGACAAAGAAUAUUUGGUUACGUUCAUCCCCCUGUCUCAGGGAAGUACACGUUUGCCAUUUCUUCAGACGAUAGUUCAGAGCUCUGGUUGAGUUCAGAUGAUACUCCUUCAAAAGUGAAACUCAUAGCUUGGGUCGGAAAUCGCACUUUGCUCAGUGGCACCUUUAAAACCAAAAUUGCACAAUUUGAUAAGUACAGAACACAGCUGUCACGUCCAGUGCUUCUUCGUAAAGGACAGAAGUACUUCAUCGAAGCUUUGCACAAGCAAGGAAAUCUACAAGAACACAUUUUGGUGGGCUGGAAGAUGCCUGGUUCGCAUGAUUUUAGACAUCUUACUGGAUCCUCUAUUUCGGCGGCGAUCAACGAUACAAUAGCUCCAAAAGAUGUAACAAAGUAUGCUAAUUUUAUACCGCAAGACCUUCCGAGUCACUCGCAUUAUAGAACGAGCUUAAAACUGGAUCAGGAUGUGUACAAAUUUGGAUCGGAAGAUUUGCGUGAUGUGGCACAUAAAGCAAAUUUCGUGGACGAGCGCGAUAUAGAGAACGUAUUCCCGACUUGUCCUUACCAUCCCAGCUACUUGGUGGACUUCAAAUUGAAGCGUUACGAAGGCGUGCAUUUGAUUCACGACACUUCUCGUUUUCCCGAUGAUUAUUCCGAGCUUAGUCACAUGAGACAAUACGACCGAUGCGCGCUAUGGAGAAAUCUAGAUUCCCAUGGCAACCAGGUGAGCUCACCGCCACCAAAACCGAGAUCUGAACAAAGACAGCAGGAAGAUUCUCAUGGUAGGCGAAAUAGUUCUCUGCCACCAAACCCGAGGUAUAAAAAAAUGCUCUAUGAAGAUGGCAGUAUAGCUGUGUUUAAGAACAGCAAGGUAUUCUUGCCUUUGUCUUUAGCGAAAAGUGCAGCAGAGAAGGAGAGAGUUAAAGAGCAGUUACUUGAGACACAAAUGGAUUUGCUGGAUAUGAAAAGACUCAGUCAAGUCGCUGACCAGCAGGCCUCUAAGUCGAUGGAAGAUUCAUCUUUUGUGGCCGGUGACUCUUCAGAGAAAAAUGAUGAAGAGAACGAUUUUGAGAAGAAAGAAAGAGUGAAGAGGAGAGGCUCAGACGCCGUUUCUAUAGACAGGUCCAAAAAGAGGACUUCAAGAAAAAGAGAGUCUGUUAAAAAGCAAACGAAUAAUGAAAGCAGGAUUAGACAUUCUGACGGAAAGCCUCAGCAACGUUCGCGCGUUGAGAAAGUCGUGGAAAAGAGACAGUCACGUGAUGCGCCUCUCAGUUCACGCGAAGAAACCUCACGUGAUUAUACCAUGCGCCAAUCAAAUGGUUAUGUGAGUUCAAAGGGCAACCAGCGUAAAUUGUUGAGCUACAACUCGAAGAGCGCGAGAUCAAUCGACAGCAUUACGGUUUCUACGAAUGUACCAAUGAGUAAUGAGAAAAGAAUUGCUAAUGUCUCGUCCCUUGAGGCCAUACCAACGAGGAGACAUUUGCCCUUCACGAGGCGAGUUUCAAAUGGGUCGUUGCACGAGGUCGUACAGACAGGAAGACAACGUUUUAGAAGUUUUUCUCCAAUUUCAUAUAACCUGGCUGAACUAGUUCCUCAGAGAGAGGUGAACUCAAGCUCCAACAGUCUACAACAGCGCACUAGAGGACGUAUUUCGUUUUAUCCUGUUGACGAGGAAGACGAUCGCAUGACUCGAAUGAACUCCGCGAGAGAGUUUGUGCGCAAGAUGAUGUACGCAGCGCAGAUGUUUAACCAUCGCGUGAAUUCGCGCACUCUGGCGGAAGGUGUGCGCAGAAAAUUCGGAGUGGCGUUGAAGAUUCCUAACAUAAUUAAAGUCCCUGAUUACAACGGAUGGGUUUUUCAUCAAAACAGGACAAUGUGCGCAAGUGAUGGAAACUUGUUGCUGAAUGAUGCAGUGGCGAACAGUGUUGUGAAUCGAUACAUGCGUGCCUUGAGACAAGCAACGAACAGCAAGUACUCCUUGAAGAAUAUCGUAAACGUCGAAGAAAAUCACGAUGUGUUAAAAGGAGAUAGAUAUCUUAUAGACCUGGAGCUCGAUGUCGAAGGGAAAAAUUCUUCAGUGCGGUUGUCACAGUACGUCUAUCAGAAAAUUGGCAAGACGGAUUUCUGUUUGCCGGAGGGAUUUGUGCUGAAUCAACAUGCUACAGUACACAUUAUCAUUCCAGUCAAGAAUCAAGGCAAAUGGGUGCAGCAUUUUAUUGAUAACAUGGUGGAGCUGUACUUAGAGACAGGUGAUCCUCAUGUAAACAUUAUCAUUGUGGACUUCAGUAGCACAGACAUUGAUGUGGAAGCUGCCCUAGAACGAAGCCAGUUGAAAAGAUACCAAGUGAGAAAAUUAAAAGGACCUUUUCAGAGAGCAUACGGCAUUCAAGCUGGCGCGGCGCUAGUUAAGAAUACCCGUGAUAUAAUUUUCAUGUGUGAUCUUCAUCUUCAAAUUCCAAGUAACAUCGUCGACAUUAUUAGAAAGCACUGUGUUCAAGGAAAGAUGGCAUUUGCUCCGAUAGUUGCUCGACUUCAUUGUGGGUUUUCUCCUUCACUGCCCUUUGGUUUUUGGGAGCUUCAAGGUUACGGUCUUUUCGCCAUGUACAAGUCAGAUUUCACUCGAGUUGGUGGAAUGAAUUACAAGGAGUUUAGAACCACUUGGGGAGGAGAGGACUGGGAACUAUUAGACAGAGUUCUUCAGUACAAGAUGGAAGUGGAGAGGUUACGUGUGCCCAAGUUUUAUCAUUAUUUUCACUCAAAGAAAGGAAUGUGGGGAACCAGGGACUUGUUUAAUUCCUAUAGGAGGGACAUGUUCGAUAGCCAUGGUCACCAAGGCGACACUGAAGUCAUCAUCCUUUAUGGCAGUAGAAAGGAAAGGGGAGAAGAUCACCAGCGACACGUUGCUUCCGAAAAGAGCAACGUCAGAUAACGUUUGGUUAUAUCUUCCUCAAUUUGAAAUGCUAGGUCCUUUAUUAUUACGCCUUUCGGGGAAUAUUGGAGAACAGGUGGCUUAUCGGUGAGCCCGCGGGACUCUACAUGAGGUUAAUUCUUAGCCGGGGUCAGAGUAUUGUUUUUGGGUAGGACAAUUCAGUCCCAAAGUGCCUCUCCCCACCCGUCAUAGAUGGGUAUGAUUGGGUAUGACUGCGUAUGAAAAACGUGUGGAAAUACUUGGAGGGUGGUUAACCUGUGACGGAUUAGUACUCCAUCCAAGGGAGGAGGCUACACCCCUUGCACCUCCAGUCGUGAAAACCGAAGUAAUCUCAGGAAGCUGUGUGAGUUAGUCACGUAGUAAGGUUUUGUGUUUUUACUUCUCUGAUAUAAAGCGUGAAUUCAUGGAAAACUUUUAAAAUAUUAUUUAAACCUAGGUUGGUAUGUCUUGCUGUUUGAACAAGUUAACUCAUAUGAUGUGCCAAUCAGGUAACUGACUUUAAAGGAAAUGCAAGGCGCUUUUAAAUAAGACCCAAAGAGUUUAGUUAAAAUUAACCUGAGGAUUGUGCUCUGUGCACUAUCUUUAUUUAAAGUUACCAUUCCAGCCCCUCCCUUCCCCCCCUCGUCGCCGGACUCUUAUGCAAAGAUGACAAUGGUGAACGUCGGCAUCUUUCUAAGAUACCUGUAGAACAUAGCAGAAUCUCUAAUGAUGGUCCCCUAAAUUUUACAGUAACCGGUGGGGUUACGGAAUAUUUUGCCAAAAAGUAAUAAUUUAUAAAAUUAAUAUAAGUAUUUUAAUAAUUUUAACAAUAAUGACUGUGAAGUACAGGCAAGAAACAAAGAUAUUUUUAAAGUGACUUCAAUUUAAAGAACAAGACGUGUGAUGAAAAUGAGAAUGUAACAGAAAGCAUUAAAAUUAUUUUACAAGGUAUACUAAAUUUAUUUACUUGGUUGUGAGAAUUUUUACUAAUUACGCAAUGCGAGUUUUACUGAAUAACUUCGCUUAAUUACAUGAAAGCACGUACGUUAUAUAGGAAAUUUUAAAUCGUCUUAAUACAACCGUUGUUGCCUGAAAGGAUUGGAAGAAUUUUACUUAUGCUUUAUCACUUAAUUUGUAAUUAGUUUGGUUUAACUAAAGAUGAAUAGUGAGUGACUGUUCUUGAAGUGCUUUUCGAUUGAGUGUCGUAAACCAAAACCAAAGCAAUCACAACAGCCAAUCAGAAGAGAGCAAAAUACCGUAAAGAGCCAAUGAGUAUUCAAAGUAAAAACAAGCAAACCGCCUUGAGCGCAGGAAAACAUAGGCGACGGCUGUAGUGUUACAUCUGAUUGGUGGCGACUUUUCCAGGACCAAUCACAGAGCAAAGUAAAGCAAAAUGCAAUCCCGGAUUACGAUCGACACCCAAUUGAAAAUUGCUCCAUAAUGUUAGACGCACAGAGAGAUUUCAAACUAUACACACCAGGAUUGUGUGCUAGAUUAUACAAUCAAUUAUGGCUUUAGUUUAAAAAUUAAAUGUAAUUUAAAUUUACUUUUAAUAAAA